AUGUGCCUGACCGUAUUUUUUUUAUUUCCAGAUAUUUCCAAAAUGGGUGAUUGUUUUUCGAAAAAAGUAUCGCCAACUUUGCUCGAUAUGCCUCUUAAUGUUGCUAACCUAAUUUUCAAAAACUUGGAGCUCAAUGAUCUACUAAGAUCUCGUAAAGUGUGCCGAGGUUUAAGAACAGCCGUUGAUGAAUUUGGUAUUCGUUUUGAUGGAGUCGCAUUUGCAAUGAAUGACAACUGCAUUAGGAUGGAAUUUGACGAAAAUGUAUUGGUAUAUACUGAUGAACCUAAUGGUGGUACCACUGUGACUUGGUACCACUGUGACGAGGGACAACCAAGACGAUUUAAAUGAAGAAACUUUGUGGAAUUAGCACUCAAUGACUUGAAAUUUGUUUUAAAGCACGCAUCAAUAUUUUUCAUUAAAAACAAUUUAGAAAAUAGACACGACAUUAUCACAUCUUUUCUGGAAACUUUGAAAUCAGUUGGAUGUAUUCACGCGAAAAAAACGAUAAUUGAAAAGCUCUCAUUCGAACAUGUCAUUUCUAUUCUUCCAUAUUUUGAUGCCAAAACGCUGAAAAAUAUUCUUUUGAUAGAAACGGACCAAGUUGUUCAAUUCGAACGGAUCAUUCCUUUGGAUCAGUGGAAAAAUGCAACAAAGUAUGGAUAUUGUUGUUAUCCUUCCAGCACUAAACAACUUGAACAUUGCUUUCACUUUGAAGAAUUUACUAUUGAAAUUGAUGAAUUAUCAGUACAGAAUGCAGUUCAAAUUAGAGAUGAUUUAAUGAAAAGGAGUACAUUUCAAAAAUGCGAAAUAAGUUUUGCCAAAUCGGCAAACCUUAUUAAAAUUGCGAAAGUAUUCAAAUCAGACUAUGCUGGUGACAUCUAUUUUAAGUUUGAAUAUUCAAACAAUAAUGACACUUUUGCCAUUGAAUGUCAGUCUCAUCUUUGGUUUUCUGUAAAAAAAUGUAAUUCAAAAAUUUAA